AUGGAGUCUAACCCAAAACUGGUCCAUUGACACCCCUACCUAUAUGUAUCCAUAUCAGACGAGAAGUAUAUCGUAAGCAAACUAAACUAUUAAUAUUUCAUGCCUAUUUCUGAAAAACAGGAAGCCCUUUCCAAAAAGUAUUGCCCUUUUCAGUUUCUUUUCUUAAAAAAAAAAAAACAAAAAACAAAAAAAAUGCUCUUUUCAGUUUAAGGGUUCUCAUCCAAUUUAUAAGUGGUUGUGAUUCGUCUAAACCUUUUGGUUUUGGGUAUCAUGUCUUUCCGGCAUCAUAGAUCAUAUAAAAGAGAGAUGCUACUGAUAAACCGGAUUGAGUACGCAAUUGGUUGACUAGUCAAGUCCAUGGUCACAUUUUCCUUCAAGUAAAUAUCAUCUGAGAUGGUGCGAGGAAGUAUGCUCAUAAGAAUAGGGAGAAAGAGUUUCAGAUGGCUGAAUCUGCUGUUGCCUCUGUUGUAUUUAGGCUCGGUGUUCUACUCGCUAGAGAAGCAGAAGUCUUACUUUCUGGGGUGAGUAAUCAAGUUGAAUGGCUGCGGUCCGAAUUGAUAAGGAUGCAAGGCUUUCUAAGAUAUGCAGAGGAGAACCAAUUAGAAGGUCAACCGAUCAACAACUGGAUUACGGAAAUUAGAGACCUUGCUUCAGAGAUUGAGGAUGCUAUUACCCUCUACAUCCAGAAAGAAGCAGCACGAAGGGAAAGAAGAGGAUGGAAGGGCUUCCCAAACAGGGUCUUCACCAUCAACAGCAAGUGGAAAGACCUCCAUAAGUUUGGAAAGCAAAUCGAAGAAAUCCAGAAUAAGAUUGCAAGCAUUCACAGGAGUCGGCAAAUAUAUGGUAUUGGAGAAAAUAGCAACUCAAAUACAGCGAAAAUCUCUGCAAUUGAGACGCAGAAGCAACUAAGACGGACCUAUUCACAUGGUGUAGAAGAGGAUGUCACUGGAUUUGAAGAAAACACUCACCAGUUGGUGGCUCAGUUGUUGAACGAGGACCGACGGCUCCGUGUGGUUUCCAUCGUUGGCAUGGGGGGUCUUGGAAAGACUACUCUCGCCAAGCAAGUCUACCAUCACAAAGACGUUAGACACCACUUUGAUUGUAGCGCCUGGGCUUUUAUAUCUCAGCAACCCAGCAGGAGAGAUGUGUUGCACGGGUUCAUCAAAAGGGCUAAUCAUUUCUGCAAAGAGGAUAUAGAGAUGAUUCAGCAAAUGAACGAGGAAGAAUUGGUUUCGAAGCUUUACAAAAUAUUGGAUUCGAAGCGAUAUUUGCUGGUUCUUGAUGAUAUUUGGAGGAAGGAAGAUUGGGAUUGCCUGAAAUCCGCUUUCCCAAAUGGGCGAAAGGGAAGCAAAAUUAUCAUAACCACCCGUAACAAGGAAGUCGCUUUGCACGCUGAUCCAUUUAGUAUUCCCUACAAACUCGAGACCUUGACACCAGAGCAAAGCUGGGAUCUGUUUUGCAAGAAAGCAUUCAAUGGAGCCACAAACAGUAGUUAUUCUCCAGCUUUAGAGAAGAUUGGGAAAGAGAUGUUGGAGAAAUGUUGCGGCCUGCCUCUGGCCAUCGUUGUAUUAGGAGGGCUGUUAGCAACAAAAAGCUCUGUCUAUGAAUGGGAGGAUGUGCACGAAAGUAUCAAAUCCAUCUUUGCAAAAGGGGAACAACAUGGAGGAGGAGUCAUGGGGAUUCUGGCGUUAAGCUACGAUGAUCUACCUUACCACCUGAAACGUUGCUUCCUUUAUUUAGCACUCUUCCCAGAGGACUGCGAAAUCCCCAGAAGGAGAUUGAUCCAGCUGUGGCUCGUUGAGGAUUUCAUAGUCGAAUGUAGACGGGGAGAAACCUUGGAAAGCCUUGCAAAUAAGUGUUUCGAGGAGCUGCUUGAUAGGUUUAUUCUAGAGGUGGGAUCCAUCAGCCCAAUUGGAAGGGUUAAGACAUGCCGCAUUCAUGACCUCAUGCGAGAUCUGUGUGUGUCAAAAGCAAGGGAGCAGAACUUCGCUGAAAGUUAUCAUCCUGCAAAAACAUCUCUUGGAUUGCGAAGGAACGCUGUGCAUUUUGAUGCAGACAGGUACUAUCUCUCCCUCAAGAAACAUACCUCACAACUCCGCUCUCUUUCGUUCUUCACUGUCUUGAGAAGCUACCAACUGAAGCCUGUCUGUGAGCACUUCAAAUCGCUUCAGAUCUUGGAUCUUGAGGGCGUCUUUGUCACAAGACUACCUAAGGAAAUAGGAAGGUUAAGGCAAUUGAAGUACUUAGGCCUAAGGAACACUAACAUUGAAAAGAUUCCGAGCUCCAUAGGCAACUUGCAGAGAUUGGAAACCCUAGAUCUGUUUCAUAGAUCUCUCCCCACACUAAUUGUACCCAACGUGAUAUGGAGGAUGAAACAACUGAGAUACAUUUGUCUUCCUGAGCGCCAAAACCAGGAUUUACAGUUGCGAAUAGAUACUUUGACAGGGCUCCAAGCCCUAUUGAAUGUCAGCGUUAGUAGAUGGAUGGAAGAAGAUUUGGGCCAUUUGGCCAAUUUGACUAAUCUUCGAAAAUUAAGCAUAUUGAGCAUCUUGAAUCCAUCUCAAGGGCAAGCAGUGUUGGAAUCCGUAAGAAAAUUCCACUACCUUCAAACUUUGAAGUUGAAGUCGAAUGGGCUUGGGAAACUAAUUCAUAGUCUGGAACCAAUUUCUGGUUUUAAGCAUCCCCUGAGAAUGAAUCUGUCAGGAGAAAUAGAAAAGCUACCUGGUCCACUUGAUUUUCCACCAAAACUCACCAAAUUGACCUUAGAGGAGUCCAGAUUUGGGCAACUGCAGCUAUCUGCGCUUGAGAAGCUACCAUUUUUGAUGGUGCUUAACCUGUAUACUGAAUCAUAUGUAGAGAAGGAAAUGGUUUGUCUUAGAAAUGGCUUUCCUCAACUUGAGUUUCUUGGGUUCUCUGAUCUACAUGAAUUAGAGAAAUGGAGAAUAGAAGAAGGAGCAAUGCCAAGACUUAGACGUUUACAUAUUGAAUACUGUAAUAGGUGGAAAAUGGUUCCAGAAGGAUUGAGGUUCAUAACUACGCUGUGUGAACUGGAUGUGAUUAAAAUGCCAAAAGAAUUCGAAGACAACAUCAAAGGGAAUGGAGUGGGUUUCUGCGAGGUCCAGCAUAUACCAUCUAUCAGAUUUGAUCUGAAAUAUGCAAGAAAAAUAUAAUAGGACGAAUUAUAACAUUAGUUAUAUGAUUAAUUCCCCCA